CUUGUGCAUUGAAUACUCUGGCGUUUCACGGUAUUCGUAAACGUAGAAGAACGCAACGCAGCAAACUCCGGUGCACCAUCGAAACCAAGCUGUGUGCAAACAUGGCGCAAAAUCCGUUGAUAGGAAAAAAUAUCUCUUUAAUUUCGAAGAAGAAUAUUCGCUAUGAAGGAGUCCUUUACUCUAUCAACGAGCAGAACGCAACGGUAGCUUUACAGAACGUUCGAUCCUUCGGAACCGAAGGUCGGGAAGCGACGGAACAAUGGUUAGCCUUCGUGGGUCCCUCGGAUGACGUUCAUCCUUUUUUGAUGUUUCGGGGACAAGAUAUUAAGGAUCUGCACGUGCACGAAGCGGGAGCGGAGGCCGUCACUCCAGCACCGCCCCCACCGGAACCUACGUCAAAGCCUGCCGUACAAGCACCGAUCCCAGCGCCUACGCACUCACCAGUUCCACCAAAGCCAGCUGCGACAACCAAACCGGAAGCCGCUCCGCAGAACUCGGCGACCAUACCGCAAAAGAGCAUGGAGCGCGGUCACAACGACAACCGACGCCCACGUGGAAAGAGCGGAGCAGCUCCGGGAACGGGCGCUAGUCUGCUCAACCGUAAAGCACGGGGAGUUGUAACAGAAGGUGAUGCUGUGCAACCCCCUCGGGACGACUUUGAUUUCCAGUCGAAUUUGGAACAAUUUAAAAAAGAAGAUGAGGAAGCGGAUGAAGCUGCGGAAACUUUGGAUAGAGGUCCAUCUGCGUACGCGAAGGAUGAUUUUUUCGACUCCAUUUCGUGCGAUGCUAUUGAUAAGCAAUCAGGCGUCAACAACCGACUGCGUGGUGCAGAGGAGAGGAGUUUGAAUACAGAGACCUUUGGCGCUGUUGCUUUAGAUAACAGAUCGAGCCUUAAAUUAGAUGCUAUGCUUGUUCCUAUCAUGAUGGCAUGA